UGAAUUUGUACUUAACAAAAAGUGCAAAAUAAAAAUUUUAUCUAAUUUUACCCUAAAAAUGAUUUCUCGCCAAGCUUUAAUGUUACGGCCAUUAAUUAAAAAUCGAGUAAAUUUAUUAAAUUUUUAUUUUCCUUCAUCAUCUUCUUCUUCAAAAGAUAAUUUUUUAAUAGUUACAGAAAAAGCAAUAAAUCAACUAGGGAAAGUUUCAUCGCCUGGAGAAAAUUUACGAAUAAGUGUAGAUUCUGGUGGUUGUUUUGGUUUUGAAUAUAAAAUGAUUUUGGAUAAAGAAAUAAAUGAAAAAGAGGAUGAAAUUAUUAAAUUUUCUAAUGGGGCUAGUGUUGUUAUAGAUAAAAUUUCUCUUGAAUUUAUUCGUGGAUCAAAAUUGGAUUAUUCAGAAGAUUUAAUGAGGGCAGCUUUUCGAAUAAUUGAUAAUCCAAAGGCAACAAAUGGAUGUUCUUGUGGGGCUAGCUUUUCUCCAAAAGAAAUUUUUAGUUAA